ACGUUUUGUGUUUUAGCACAUGCUAGCUAACUCGUUUGGUGACUAUUGAGUUAAUGCUAGCUACUUGCUAACAAUCUAGAUUAAAGAAACACAAACGAAAAAAUACGUUGCUGUUUUGUCGGAUGCUGGCUUGCAGUGAGUCGUGACAGCCUAUGUUUUGUGUAAAUGUCUUCCUGCCCGUCAGAAUGCUGAUCGGGCUUGAACUUGUUGGAUGAUCCUUCUUAGUUAGAAGCCAAAGGGCCCUGAAUCCACGGUGCUCGAGUGGAUUAUUACCCGGGAUCUGUGCUGUACAAGACUGCAGCAUCAAGCCACGGUCUAACUUGAAAUACAAGGUUGUAGUAAUUACUACCAACCUUUACCUAACAUGUCGCACACUGGACCCCCUCCUCGAUGGCGAAAUUGCCCCAGGAGAGGGCAGCCUGUUCAUGGUAAAUUCCUGCCAAUGAAAACAAUGUUGGGUCCCAGAUAUGAUGAUGAAGUUGCUGAAGAGAACAGGUUUCAUCCAAGCAUGCUGUUCAACUAUCUAAAAAGUUUAAAAGUGAAAAUGGGUUUGCUUGUGGAUUUGACGAACACUACUCGUUUUUAUGACCGCAACGACAUUGAAAAAGAUGGAAUUAAAUAUGUGAAGCUUCAGUGUAAAGGUCACGGGGAAUGCCCUUCAAAGGACGUAACUGAUAUGUUCAUCAGGCUCUGUGAGCAGUUCAUAGAGAAGAAUCCCACAGAACUGAUAGGUGUUCACUGCACGCAUGGCUUCAACCGCACAGGCUUUCUGAUAUGUGCGUACCUGGUGGAGAAGAUGGACUGGAGCAUUGAGGCAGCUGUGGCUGCUUUUGCCCAAGCCCGGGCCCCUGGGAUCUAUAAGGGAGGCUACCUCAAAGAGCUUUUUUGUCGCUAUGGUGAAGAGGAAGACGCGCCUUCUGCCCCCCCACUGCCUGAGUGGUGCUUCGAUGACGACGACGGAGAAGUGGAUGAUGAUGGAAAUGCGGUCAGCCAGGAGUCGGGCCCCAGCUCCUCUGGGUCAGCGCCCGGCAAAAGAAAGAAAGAAAAGCUAAAACUGGGUGCAGUAUUUCUUGAAGGCAUCACAGUGAAAGGCGUCACACAGGUCACCACCCCAGCUAAGUUAGGAGAGAUCCAAAGAAUGUGUCAGAAGAUGGCCGAGUGGGAUAAGUCUGGUUUUCCUGGUGCACAACCGGUGUCCAUGGACAGACAAAACCUUCGUUUUCUGGAGCUGAAUCCAUACAAAGUCAGUUGGAAAGCUGAUGGUACACGGUAUAUGAUGCUAAUCAAUGGAAAAAAUGAAGUGUACAUGAUCGACAGGGACAACAGUGUCUUCCACAUAGCAAACCUAGAGUUUCCUUUCCGAAAGGAUCCACGUGUCCAUCUAUCAAAUACUCUACUGGACGGGGAGAUGAUCAUCGACAAGGUGAAUGGUCAGCCUGUCCCCCGCUAUUUGAUAUAUGACAUCAUCAAAUUCAAUGGUCAACCAGUUGGCCAGUGUGAUUUUGGUAUCCGGCUUUUAUGCAUAGAAAAGGAAAUCAUUUCACCCCGGAUGGAAAAGAUGAAGACCGGGCAGAUUGAUAAAACCAAGGAGCCCUUCAGUGUCCGAAAUAAACCCUUCUUUGAUAUUCAUGCAUCACGCAAGCUUCUGGAAGGCAGCUUCACAUCCCAGGUCAGCCAUGAAGUCGAUGGGCUUAUCUUCCAGCCAUGUGGGAGGUACAAAGCUGGGAGGUGUGAUGACAUCCUUAAGUGGAAGCCCCCCAACCUCAACUCUGUAGAUUUUCGCCUCAAAAUCACCACAGUUGGAGGAGAAGGGCUCCUAACGCAGACUGUCGGCUUGCUCUACGUUGGCAACUAUGACAGGCCCUUUGCGAAGAUGAAGGCGACCAAAGAGCUGAAACAAUACAACAACAAGAUCAUCGAGUGCACCUUCGCCAACGACAGCUGGGUGUUCAUGAGACAGAGGGUGGACAAGAGCUUCCCCAACUCCUACGACACAGCCAUGGCUGUGUGUAAAAGCAUCCAGGAACCUGUCACUAAGGAAAUCCUUUUGAAGUAUGUGGACCGCUGUACUCAGGGAGUCCAAGCCCAGAACCGGAAACGGCCACCUGACCCAGACUCUGAGUUAAUGCCCCCUCCCCCUCCAAAAAGACCUAACCGGGCCAUCCCGUAGCCCACAGCUGGGCCUCUCUGGACUUCCCACAGUCACUGUUCAUCCACAUCACCAGCCACAAACUCCCCUCCAUACAGCAAACAAACAUUUCAAGGCGUUCCUACUGCAGAAAAUUUGCUUUAUCAGCCUGUACAUGUAAGGACCUAAAGAAGUGACUGUCUCAAUGUGAUUUAUUUACCUUUUAGACUUCUUUGUAGCUUUAAUUGCUUGUGUUCUUAUUAAAUGCUAAACAUGA